AUGCCAGGGCUGAAUGCAGAAGCAAGUGAAGGGAGUUCCCCCCCCAAAGGUUGGGGGUGUUUAAACUGCAGGAAACCCCGGCCUCCCCACUUUGGCAAAAGGGGAAGAGUGAAGUGGAAAGGAGUGGACAUUGGGCUCCUGGCCUACGGGGACGGGGCGCAGAGAGGAAGACGUUCAGCUGCAUCCCACAAGAUCGUGCCCAGAACGGAACACCGUUCCGUGGAGACGUUUAGCCCUGGGGCUUCUCUGAAGUCACUUGCACUGGAUACUGGAGCAACUCUAUCCACCUUGACAGAACAGUCUGUGUCCUCCCCUCCUGUUCUUUCCGGGGAAACUGUGACAGCAGAAUGUCAAACUGAUACUAUACAUCUGUUUCAGUGUUUGGCUUCACGUGGCCAUAAGGUGUCUUGCACCAAAUUGCAGUUUUGCCUGCCCCAGGUUAAAGAGGCCCUCCCAGAGCCCUUUACCGAGCCCGAUCAUUCGAUUCAGCCUGGUGACUAUGUGGUGGUCAAGGUGUUCCGCAGAAAGACUUGCCUGGAACCGAGGUGGCAAGGUCCCUACCUGGUGAUGUUGACAGCCCAUUCUGCUAUUAAACUGAAGGGAGCAGUCAACUGGAUGCAUGUGUCGCAGUGUAAAAAGGUUGGAGCUGAGCUGAACCCAGACGCCUUGCCAUUGGAACCACUUCAGAAGCACAAGAAGACAGAGACUGCUUCUGUACCCAGUGCAAACAAGGAAAGGUCGUCUUAUGAUCUGAGACCUGGGAAAGUGGCAACCACUCCUGAGUCCUAACAGUCCAAUACUAGUACCUGGGGUACGGAUUGGCAGACUGAUAGGAGGCAGUAGCCACGGGCCAUAAUAAAGCCUUUAUAAAGUCCAGUUGUAAGCCUAGCGCUGACAGGUGAAGAGGAACAUAUGGCUUGCUAUCCAUUCGAGUUACCUGUGUCAGCGCCGACAUCAGAGACGACAGAACUUGUUACUUUGCCAAGUGGGAUCUGACCUCUCACAGCCUACAGACUUUUAUUCAUUGCUUCUGCUCAGCAGCCUAUAUUUCUUUUUUCUUCUGCUUUUGAUCUUAGUGCUGUUUCUGAUAGAAGAAUAUCUGGUAUAAAAUGUUGCGAAAUUUU